AUGUUUCCUCGACCUCGAUCUCGAUCUCAAUCAGGGCCAGAACCAGAGUUGGCCACCCGCCCCUCAACCAGCUCAACUCAGAUUGCCGUAGACAUGGAUUCAGAUUGCGAAGAGGACCUCUACGCCAUCGCCGAGGCCAUGAGACAAGCCAUGAUGCGGGCCAACAGUCCUCACCAAAUCAACGUUCCCACAAUCACCGACGGAAGAGACCCAGAACCUGGGCCGAGGGGCGGCACCUUCGCCUUCGACGACGACAUGGCCCGCUACCCGGCCUCCAUGACCAGCUCGGUGCGCGACCACGUGUACGAGGGCGGCUUGCGCUACCACGCCUACCACGCGGGCAAGUACGCCUUCCCCAACGACGAGGUUGAGCAGAACCGCGACGACAUGAAGCACACCAUGACCCUGAUGCUGUGCCGGGGUGCCUACUUCUAUGCACCUGUCGACGAGGUGUUGGAGGAAGGGGGAGAGGUCUUGGACUUGGGGACGGGGACGGGCAUAUGGGCUAUGGAGCUGGGCGACAGGUAUCCCAACAGCACAAUAACCGGCAUCGACCUCUCACCAAUCCAACCAACGUUCGUUCCUGAGAAUGUCCAUUUCUUUGUUGACGACUUCGACGAAGAAUGGGUCGACCCCGAAAACAAAUACGACUUCAUCCACCUCCGCCACACCCUGCACUCGGUCAAAAACCGCCAAACCCUCCUUCGCCGAGUUCUUCACCACCUCAAACCAAACGGCUACUUCGAAGCCCAAGAAAUAGCUUUCACCCCCCGAUGCGACGACGACACUCUCACCCUGCAAACCCCCUACGCCCUGCGCGAUUACGUCAACUACAUGGCCGCGGGCAUGCGCGCGUUGGGGUCCGAGGCGCACGCCAUCCUCACGUUGCCCGACGACAUGCGCGCGGCCGGGUUCGACGACGUGCGGCUGACGACGCACAAGUGCCCUUUGGGCACCUGGCCGCGCGACAAGCGGCUGCGCUUCUGCGGGCUGUUUCUGCGGACCGUCAUCAUGGACGGGCUGCGGGGGCUCAGUCGGCGGCCGCUGAUGGCGCUGGGUUGGACGGAGUUGCAGAUCGAGAUGUUUCUUGUCGAUGUGCGCAAGGCGCUUAUGGACAACGGGGUGCAUGCGUACAUGACGCUGCAUGUGGUGCAUGGGAGGAAGCCUGCGAGUUGAGUGUGAAUAAUGCGGGCAGCGUCCCUUGCAUGGGGCGUCUACCAAUGCGAUUGGGUAGGGUGCAUGGGUGAAUUUGCAUGCAGACUGCUGAGCCUGCUACGAGCUCGUCUAGCUUUGCCACUAGGAGAGGCAGAGGAGGGUUUCUCGGUUGAUCCUGCGUGAGACGGUGUCAGCUA